AUGCCGGUACGCGGCACGAAUGAUGAGAUACACGUUGAAAGUGAUAUAUCCAAGCUCUUACCCCUCCUCCCUCGCCAAGGAGGAAGCGAAUUGAGCGCUCUCAAGCAGCACUUCGAGGAUACGAAUUUCUCAAUGCCUGACUGCCUGAAGCGCCCGAGCCCGACAAAGAAGCGCUUGAGGGUCAACAGAGCACGACCACGCGACGCGAAUUGCCACGCUUUGAGAGCGAGGACGCUCACCGCGCUUCAAGAGCGAGGAUGCCUCCCGCGCUUCAAGGACGCGCUCAGAGAGCAAAGGGGGAGGGAGCCAAAGCGCUUCGGCAAGGUCAUGAAGAACGAGCUUGAGGAGGGGAGAUCACGACAACGUGAAGGCGACAGGAGGCGAAGGGGGAGGGAGUUCGGUAUAGAUCCAGCCGCUCGAGCUCGAAUGGGAGCGCUUCCGCUAGAGAUGAACGCACUCGAGCGCUCCGACGAGGGAAUCAAGAUGGGAUGGGGGGAGGAGGGGAAGGGAUCAAUAGUGACCUUGCAAUACACCGACGCCGCGCGAAGCGCGGCGUGUCGCGCUCUGCAGAUCUUCGAGUAUCUGCAUCCCGCCAAUCUCCUCGGCAUUGCGCAGACAUCGAAGCCCCUCCGCUCCCUCGUCAUGGAUAGAUCUUUUGCCCCCGUCUGGAGGGCAUGCAUGCAAAGAAUCCCAGAACUACCUCCCAAGCCCGAGCAUCUCGACGAGCCCGACUACGUCAACAAGGUCUAUGGGGAUCACUGCAGCUUCUGCUCUUCGCCCAAUUGGUCAACGGUAGCAUGGUCUCUGAUGCUGCGCUUCUGCAAGCAAUGUCUCCUUGAGAAAUUCACGGAGGUGAACCUCUUCUCGCAGAACCACAAGACGCCGGCUCUGCUUCUGGAGAAGCAUGUGAAUGACUUUGUCCCCAUGAUAUACAUUGGCUGUAAGGGCCCGAAUCUACGGCCUUCCCGCAUCUCUGCUAACAUCCCGUCGCCCAUAGCUCGCCUGUAUAUCCUCACUGACGAUCUCAAGAAGUUCAACAAGGAGUACAUGGCCGUUCGCUCACAACAGGACAAGUUCCAGCAGUGGGUGAACCAGCGAGUGACCGCAGUGAAGAGCAAUAUCGCCUUCGGCGAACAGUGCGGAGCGGCGCGCAAGCAUCACGACACCGCCGAAGACCGCAAGCUUCAAGCCAUUCGCGACGCGCGCUACAACCAAAUCGUUGCUGAGAUCAAGAAGUCAGAGAUCAAGGACGAGCUCAAGUACGCUCAGAGUGCGCUGGAAGAGCACCCGCUCGUCAACAAGGCGCAGCCCCUUACGGACGAUCAGCUUCCCAUCGUCGUCGCAGAGCUCAUUGAGCUCCUCGAAGAGCACAAGAAGGAGCGUCUCGAGAAAGUCCGCUUGCAGAAUCUCACCGGCCUCUGCUCCAAUGUCUACCGCGACUACACGUACCACAUCAGCAAGAUCCGGCCCGACAGCAUAUGUAUACCCAUCUGCGACCUCCUCCUCACGCCUCCGUACCAGGCGUACAUCCACUACACACCCGACAAGCCCCUCGGCCGCCGCCCGGAGCACAAGGAAAUGACCGAGCUGUCGAAGAAGUGGCGCGAGGCAAAAGACGCCGAGCUAGCGAACAUCGUGGCGAAAGCGCUCAAGAAGAAGCACGCAGACGUCCAACUCGUCAAUCUGGCCACGACGUUCUUCGAGUGCAAGAUGGACUCGGAUCCGAAGAGGUCAGACGAUACGCACACGAUCGGCUACCCGCAUAUCUUGGUUACCGAGUACGCGACGCGUCCGCACUACGGGGACGACAAGCGCGAUGAGCUUGUCUACGUUAUGGACGAGACGCCAUGGAACUUUCAAGGCGAACGCGUCGUGUUUGACGCUGUUGCCCACAAGCUUGCGCGGGAUGUUGUCAAGCUCGCUGGUCUCGACCCCGACAAGGCUACCAGAGUGGACAUGGACGCACGCGACGCCUGGUUCGUCUGCACUGGCUGCAGCAAGCGGGGUUACCGCCGCGUGAUGCAGUGGUACCAAGCGAUCCGCCACAUUCGUCCGGCCGCAGACCACUGGAAGGGCCUUUGCGAGAGCGGCAAACCCGCUCUUCAAGUUCUUGACGAGAAGGAUGCUGUACGAGCCGCUGUCGUCAAGGCCGACCAGUGGAACGUGCCGGGUUUGGCUCGCAAAGACCGUCGGCGUGGACGCGCUGCAGAGGAUGCUCCAAAGUCUACCUCGGUCAGCGCCAAAGACCUUGUGAUUCCUCUGGACAAGCCCGACGUUUGGGAAUAUGUCCUCACGAAGUAA